CCCAACGCAAAGGCAUUGACAUUUUGUGACAUCUGUGCUGCGGUAAUCACACUUCACAAUGUCUGAAGUUGUCGCGCUCAUCUUCGCCAAAGACGGGCAGCGGCCACCAUGGAAUCAAAUAUACGGCAGCAUCGUCGAUCAAUACAAGCGACAUUCUGGUGACCUUGAUGGGGUGGCGGCUGCAGGCUCAAGAUUUCUGGACGCCGAGCGUGUCGCAGAGCUGAAAAUAUUGGCUGCGAAAACUCCAACACUGAGAGAAUGCAAGAAGUUCACAGACAGCAAAGAAGUACAGGCCCUGCAAAAUGAGCACAAGAUCGAAAUCGUGGUCCAGCCUGGGGACCUUUAUGCCGCCCACAAGAAGCCGGGACUGGCAGUCUUUGACAUGGAUAGCACUCUGAUUCAACAAGAAGUCAUUGAUGAGUUAGCAAGAGCAGUCGGCCUCUAUGAUCAGGUUGCAGCCAUCACGGAAGCUGCGAUGCGCGGAGAGGAACCAUACGUCGACUUCGAGGCGUCAUUACGAGCUCGUGUGGCUCUGCUCAAGGGAGUACCAGACAGUAUUUGGCAGCAGCUCCGGGACGGCAUCAUCACUUUCACACCAGGAGCGCAGGACCUUCUACGAGUUCUUACCAAGCUAGGCUGGAAGGCAGCAGUGCUCAGUGGAGGCUUUACUCCUUUGGCGAACUGGGUCAAAGAAACUCUCGGCAUGCAUUACGCAUAUGCGAAUCACUUGGUCUCUGAUCCAUCUGCUGGAAAAUUGACAGGAGAGCUUGUGGAAGGCAAACCUAUCAUUCAUGGACAGAAGAAACGCGAACUGCUUUUCGAAACUGCCAAGGAUAACGGCAUCUCGCAUCAGAAUGUCAUCGCAGUCGGUGAUGGAUCUAACGAUCUGCCCAUGAUGGAGGUGGCAGGCUUUGGAGUUGCCUUCAACGCCAAGCCGAAGGUUCAAGCUGCUGCUCCUUCUAAGCUCAACAGCAAGAGUCUGCUUGAUGUGCUAUACCUCCUCGGCUACACCAGACAGGAAAUUGACGCGGCACUCAAUUCUCAAAGCUGAAGUCUCAUCUACUGAGACUCUUGGUACAUCCCAUUCUGGUAGAAAACAUACUGAGCCAUGUGAGAAGCUCCGAGCGACAAG